GAUGUAGAACAAAUGGGCAAAGUGUGGAACACAUACCAACAUCUUCAGCUAGGAAGAUCACAAGAUAGUUACUCCAUGCAUUAAAAUAAUGUUUAGCAAGUAUAAAUAAUAGUCGGUAGCAUUUAUUACGGAUAUUAAUUGAAUUAUUUUUAACAGUGAAAGUGUGACAGGCCCUUUCAAUGUGGAGCAAUGAGGAACGUUCCUCGUAAUGAGAGAGGUUUUUAUGGUGCUUAACAUUUAAGACACAGGCAGCCGCAAAGAUGGCCUUAAAUGACAGUGGUGUUUCUCCACUGAAGCACUUUGUGCUAGCCAAAAAGAAGAUUACAGAGAUAUUUGAUCAACUCUUAUGUUAUGUCACAGAUGGAGCUGCAUUUGUUGGAGAAACUUACAAAAAUCCAGCAUUAGAAAACAUAGCAACGGAAGAGCAACUGUGCACUAUGGAAGGCUUUAAAACAAAGCUGGCGGUAAUUGGUGAAGUGUUAUCUCGUCGGCAAAUGAAAGUGGCAUUCUUUGGCAGAACAAGCAAUGGAAAAAGUACAGUUAUCAAUGCAAUGCUGUGGGACAAAGUGCUACCAAGUGGAAUUGGACAUACAACUAAUUGCUUCCUCAGUGUAGAAGGAACAGAUGGAGAUAAAGCCUACCUCAUGACUGAAGGAUCAGAAGAGAAGAAAAACUUGAAGACUGUAAAUCAGCUUGCUCAUGCACUUCAUAUGGAUGCAAAUCUGGAUGCAGGUUGUUUAGUGCAAGUUUUCUGGCCAAAAGGAAAAUGUGCACUGCUAAGAGAUGAUCUAGUGCUGGUAGACAGCCCUGGUACAGAUGUCACCACUGAGCUGGACAGCUGGAUUGAUAAGUUUUGCCUUGAUGCUGAUGUCUUCGUCCUAGUGGCUAAUUCUGAAUCUACCCUCAUGAAUACAGAGAAGCACUUUUUUCACAAAGUAAAUGAGAAACUUUCAAAACCCAAUAUCUUCAUUUUGAACAAUCGCUGGGAUGCUUCUGCUUCAGAACCAGAGUACAUGGAUGAAGUUCGUAAACAGCAUAUGGAACGCUGUUUGAAUUUCCUGGUUGAUGAACUGAACUUAAUGGAGGCUUCAGAAGCAGAAGAUCACAUAUUCUUUGUAUCAGCAAAGGAGGCUUUGAACGCCAGAAUGAACAGAGCACAAGGCAUGCCAGAGUAUGGUGGUGCACUAGCAGAAGGGUUUCAAGCAAGACUACAAGAAUUUCAGAAAUUUGAAAAAACAUUUGAGGAGUGUAUCUCGCAAUCAGCAGUGAAAACAAAGUUUGAGCAGCACACUAUUAGGGCAAAGCAGAUCACGGAGUGCGUGAAGAAUAUAGUGGAUGAGAUAAAUGUGAGCGCAGCUACCAAGAGGGUGUAUUCAAUGGAAGAACGUGAGGAUCAUAUUGAUCGACUCAGCUUUGUGCGGAAUCAGCUCAACAUCUUAACUGAUGUUAUUAAGAAGAGAAUUACAGAAUUAACAAAAGAAGUAGAAAAUAAGGUGUCUUCUGCUAUGAGUGAUGAAAUUUGUCGUCUUUCUGUGUUGGUUGAUGAAUUCUGUUCUGACUUCCAUCCUGCUCCAUCAGUUUUGAAAAUUUAUAAAAAUGAACUUAACCAGCACAUAGAUGAAGGCAUGGGGAGAAACUUGGCAGAUCGUUGCUCCAGUGCAGUGAAUUUUUCACUACAGAAGGCUCAGCAAGACAUGAUAGAAAACCUUCUACCUUUACUGCCCUCUGGUAUUCAGAAUCAGCUCCAUAUAUUGGUCCCAUACCGGAAGUUUGAUCUCAGCUACGAUUUGAACUGCGAUAAACUGUGCGCAGAUUUCCAAGAAGAUAUUGAAUUUCGUUUCUCACUUGGCUGGAGCGCCCUUGUCAGUCGCUUUUUGGGACAUAAAGGAGCUCACAGGGCCCUUCUAGGAUUCUCAGAUAAAAUCCCACAGAGCAUACCCUGUACACCUUCUACAACAAGUCUUCCUGCACUGUCUCAGCAAAAUGUCUCACAGGAAGAAGUCAUGGUUUCCUUGGUAACUGGCCUAGCUUCAGUAACAUCACGGACUUCAAUGGGAGUAGUAAUCGUUGGAGGACUGGUAUGGAGGACUGUGGGGUGGAAAAUGAUAGCCCUUUCCCUUGGUUUGUAUGGACUACUAUAUUUUUAUGAAAGGCUGACCUGGACAACUAAAGCUAUGGAAAGAACUUUCAAGAAGCAGUUUGUAAACUAUGCUACUGACAAACUACAAAUGAUUGUUAGUUUCACUAGUGCAAACUGCAGUCAUCAAGUCCAGCAGGAAAUGGCUUCCACUUUUGCUCGGUUAUGCCAGCAGGUCGAUAUCACACAGAAGAAUCUGCAGGAGGAAAUUGAGAUGCUAACCAAGAAGAUUGAGCAUUUAGAUAAUGUACAAAAGGGUGCAAAACAGCUGAGGAGCAAAGCAAGUUUGCUGGAAGGGGAGCUGGAUAUUUUCACAAAGGAGUACCUACUGCAACAUAGUCAACUCAGACUUUAAAGAAACCUUAAUUCCAACUUUCACUACAUUCAUCAUUGAGCAGAAAUUCAAGAAACAGUUCUAUACAUUGUGCAGGGGUAGCAACAUUUAAUUUUGUUUUCCCAGUUCUGUAAAUUUGUCACUCAACUGUGACAAAAAUGCUCUUAGUGUUCUAAAGAAUACUAGAAUGCUGAAAGUCUGUUCCACUUUUUGGAACGUUUUAACUAUCAAUUGGUGCACAUGUUGAGUUAUGCGAUGAAUUCAAGAUGGUGCUAAAUUUUCUUUGUUAACUAAUUCUUAAGUCACAGUAUAUUGUAUUUAAGAACAGAAUAUGAUGAACAAAUUGUAGUUUAUGAAUUUCAGGACAGACUUUCAGAAAAAUGGAGUUAGUUACUUGCUGUUCUUUCAUUUUUCAGAUUAAAAUGUACAUGGUGCAGUCUUUCUUCUUUUUAGACGUUCAAUGAAAUUGACAGGUGAUCUCAAAAUAAAUUGUAUUUGCUUUAAUGUGCUGGCAGUUUGUAAAACUGGCAGCAAAAAAUGCUGAAUGUGUUUCAAGAAUCCAUACGAUUUUUCAAAUGAUUAAUGGGAAGCUCGCUUAAGGUACAAGAACAGUAUAAUUUUGUGUGGAAGACAUUAUUGAAUUGCAAAAUACAAGAAUUUUUUCAAAGAAACAAAGUCUUGUCUAUUUCAAAAUAUAAUUUAAAUAUAUUCGUAUUUACCUUAGAAGAAACAGAAACUGCUUGCUGUUUGCUUUUUUUCUAUGUUAACAGAAUGCAACAUGCAAAUAUGAAUAAAUCAAUGUAAUAAACCAUACUGUUUUAUGGCA